AUGGCUGUGGACAAGCCCGGCCACGCCUACUUUGCCACAGAGGCUCCUCCCCUCCACCUGUUCUCGCCAAACCGCACCACACCCCGGAACCCCCCUUGCGGGGACACUUUGAGGAGAAUCCCAGACCCAUCGGAGGUCUCAGUCUGCUGGACCCAUCAGGGCCCGCGCCUGCUCACCCCCGUCGCCGGGGAGACCAUCGCCCGGUCAACUCCCGUUACCCGCACCGGCAGCAGCCCGUACCCCCAAGUCACCCGUUACCCCGCUCAAUACCCACGUACCCGCGACCGCCAGUCACUCCUUACCCCCACGACCGCAGUCAACCCCGUUACCGCGACGCCAAUCAGCCCCGUACCCAACGCCAAGUCAGCCCCCGUUACCCCGGCGACCGCCAAGUCAGCCCCCCGUUACCCCCGGCACCGCCAAGUCAGCCCCCCGUUACCCCGCGACCGCCAACCAACCCCGUACCCCGCGACCGCCAAGUCAGCCCCCCGUUACCCCGGCGACCGCCAAGUCAGCCCCCCGUUACCCCCGCGACCGCCAAGUCAGCCCCCCGUUACCCCCGGCGACCGCCAAGUCAGCCCCCCGUUACCCCGCGACGCCAAGUCACCCCCGUUACCCCGCGACCGCCAAGUCAGUCCCCGUUACCCCGCCACCGCCAAGUCAGCCCCCCUUUACCCCCGCCACCGCCAAGUCAGCCCCCGUUUGGCCUGA